CACUGCCCCAACUCACUAAUUUUUAUUUUUAUUUUAUAUUUUUAUAUUUUUUGGGUUCAAAGCUAAAGCCUUUAAACAAAGGUGGAUUAUAUAAGGGAAAUUAUAAAGAAGAAGAAAAAUAAUUAAGAUUUGCCUUUCCUUUCCUCUCUGCAUAUUUGACAGAGAGAGCUGUCGAACUUUCUCUCUUUCUUUUCUUUUGUUUUCUUUUAUUUUCUUUUACUAUAUUUUUAAUUCUCUUAUUACAAAAUACAAACCACCCUUUAUUGAUGGUGUUGUAUUUCUGCUUUUUCUUCUGCAACAACAAGAACAACAAAACCCCUUUUUCCCAUUCCAUUCUUUUGUUUGUUCAAAUUCUCUAAGAAAAGCCGAAAAGCCAUGUCAGGUCUGUAUAACCCCAACUUCUCACCUGCAAGAGCUGCUUCUCCACAGAUUAGAAGCAACCCAGAUGUUGACAGUCAGUACUUGUCAGAGCUGUUAGCAGAGCAUCAAAAGCUUGGACCUUUCAUGCAAGUCCUUCCGAUAUGUAGCCGGCUGUUAAAUCAAGAAAUUUUACGGGUUUCUGGAAUGAUGUCCAACCAAGGUUUUAGUGACUUUGAUAGGCUUCGGCAUAGAAGCCCCAGUCCCAUGGCUUCUUCAAACCUCAUAUCAAGUGUCACUGGGACAGGAUUAGGUGGCUGGAAUGGCCUUCCUCAGGAGAGAUUAAGUGGACCCCCUGGAAUGACAAUGGACUGGCAAGGUGCACCAGCAAGUCCUAGUUCCUACACUGUCAAGAGAAUUUUGCGUUUGGAAAUUCCAGUUGAUACUUACCCAAAUUUCAAUUUUGUUGGGCGGCUUCUGGGCCCAAGAGGCAAUUCCCUGAAACGAGUGGAAGCAACAACAGGCUGCCGUGUAUAUAUUAGAGGGAAAGGGUCAAUAAAGGAUCCAGACAAGGAAGAAAAGCUAAGGGGAAGGCCGGGCUAUGAGCACCUGAAUGAACCACUCCACAUCUUAAUUGAGGCUGAUUUACCUGCCAAUGUUGUUGAUAUAAGGCUGAGGCAGGCACAGGAAAUUAUUGAAGAAUUGCUCAAACCUGUGGACGAGUCUCAGGAUUUUAUUAAGAGGCAGCAGUUGCGUGAAUUAGCCAUGCUAAAUUCAAAUUUCAGAGAAGAGAGUCCUGGGCCAAGCGGUAGUAUCUCUCCUUUCAAUUCAAGUGGCAUGAAACGUGCGAAAACAGGACGCUGAGCUCUCUCAUUAUUCCCGGUCUGAAGUGUUUUGUGCUCUGCUCCAGAAAUUCUGGCUGAAAAUACCUUGCCAUCCGUCUCAAUUCAGCACAGCUUACAAGAGAUAAUAGGCUAACAGUUCUUGGUGGUGAGCUUUCGGGUGGGUUUUUCCUAUUUUUUGUUUUGUUUUUUGUUUUCUUUUUUUGGAACAGAAAGACAAAAAGGAAAAAAAAAUAAACCAAAAAGAAAAAGGAAAAAAAAAAAAAAGCUAUAUAGUUGAGUUUAGGUUUGUUGAGGUCAGUUUUUCCUGUAAACUUAAUACAUUCAUUGGAUUUAUUCUUGUGUUAGUGACUUUUGAGAAGUGUGGAAUAUAUAUAUAAUAUAUUAAUGGUGCAA